GGGACGAGGGGGCCGACCUGGCCACCGAUCGGGAGGGCACCGGGCUCCGCGCGCCAGUGACUAAGGGCCGCCCCUCUCCUUUCAGGACGCUGAUGAUCCGCCGGCUCGGCAGCACCAUGCCUUUCCCGCCCGUGCCGCCGCCGCCCUCCGCCCCGGCCCCAGGGGUCCCCGCUGCGCGCCCGCCGCCCCGGAGGCCCGGCGCCCCCCGGAAGGCGGCGGCGCCCGCCUGCGCCCCGCCCGGGCCCUCGCCGCCCGCCGCGGCCGGGGAGAAGAAGAAGAGGCCCCCCGAGCGGCCCGAGGGGCUGCUGUCCAGUUCCUGGCCCUCAGCCACCCUGAAGAGGCCGCCGGCCCGCCGCGCCCCGGGCCCGGCCCCUCCGCGCGCCCCGCCCCAGGCCGCGCCCGGCCGCCCGCGCGCCGCGACCACGUGCGUCCCGCCCCGGCCGGCCGGCUCCGGCCACAGCCCUGCUGGGGCCACGGGCUCGGGGGCGCGGACCGCCGGCUCCGGGACCGCCGCCCCGGGGGCAGGGCCCGACGACGCCGUGCGCUUCUCCCUGAGCCUCACCCCCGAGGCCGUUCUGGUCAUCCAGAGGCGCCACCUGGAGAAGCAGCUGCUGGCGCGGCCCCGCCGGCCGGUCCCCUCGCCCUCGGCCGACGCCAGGCGCCUGCUCGCCCCCUGCCCCCGGGCCAGGGCCGCGGGGCUCUCCCGGCGCCCGCCCGCGCCCGGCGGCCUGCAGGCCCCCGACCCCGGCCCGCGGCCCGCCGACCUGCGCCCGGUGCUCAAGGUGUCGCUGCUCAACGAGCGGCACAGGUACGACGACGUGGAGUACGAGGAGGAGUCCGAGGCCGUGGACGAGGGCCUGGUCCGCAAGUGCACCGAGUGGCUGCGGGGCGUGGAGUCGGCGGCCGGUCGCGCCGGGCCCGUGGACGCGCUGCCGCACCUGAGCACGCUGUGACGCACGGGACGGACGGCCUCCCGCGGCCCGCCGCCGCCUCCCGGCGCCUGGGAGCCAGGGGAU